CUUUUGACAAUGUUCCUUGCAGUGAAGCAUUCAUUGAUCCAGCUGCGAUUUUUGCAAUGCUCUUUGGGAGUGAGCUCUUUGAGGAAUACAUAGGCCAGCUUGCAAUGGCAUCGAUGGCUUCACUUGAUAUUUUCACAGAAGGGGAACAGUUUGAUGCCAAAAAACUACAAGAGAAAAUGAGGGUUCUUCAGAAGGAAAGAGAAGAGAAGCUUGCAGAAAUUUUAAAGGAUCGACUCAAUCAAUAUGUACAAGGAAACAAGGAGGGUUUUAUUAGUCAUGCAGAAGCUGAGGUAUCAAGACUUUCUAAUGCAGCUUAUGGAGUUGAUAUGUUGAAUACGAUUGGUUAUAUAUAUUCAAGGCAGGCAGCUAAGGAGCUUGGGAAGAAGGCAAUAUAUUUGGGAGUGCCAUUCAUAGCUGAGUGGUUUAGAAAUAAAGGCCACUUCAUUAAAUCCCAAGUAACAGCUGCAACAGGUGCAAUUGCUUUGAUUCAAUUGCAAGAGGACAUGAAACGGCAGCUCAGUGCAGAGGGAAAUUAUACCGAGGAAGAGCUUGAAGAAUACAUGCAGUCUCACAGAAAAUUGAUGAUUGAUUCUUUGUGGAAGCUUAAUGUUGCUGAUAUUGAAGCCACUCUUUCCCAUGUUUGUCAAAUGGUACUCCAAGACAACUCUGUGAAGAGAGAGGAACUCCGUGCUCGUGCGAAGGGAUUGAAAACUAUGGGGAAAAUCUUUCAGAGGGUUAAAUUGGCCAAUGUGAAUGAGAAUGAGGCUGCAUUUAAUAGUUCAAUCCAUAAGCUUGAUGACACUGAACGUAGUUAUGAUGCUAGUUCUCCUGAUACGUCCCUAAAAUCUCUGGCUCCUGAACAACCAUGUGAUAUGACUAGUGCACUAAAGAUCCCAUAUGUGGAGGCUCCCCAGUUUGCAGGUGUGCAGUAUAACGAUAACUUCCCAAUGCCGACAGCACCUCCUGGUGCACAAAGAUAUCCUCCAUCUACUGGCACAGAAUGAAGUUACGGUGUUUUAUCACAUUGUGACUUGCUUGUAAUAUAACACCACAAGUAAGUUUCUGUGGUGGAGGAAGCUGAGAGCUCAUUCAUUUGAUGCUUUUGUUUGUAACGAGUAGAGUGAUGGUGGAUUUCAUGCCUGCCUCUAGAUAAUUGGGCAUGUUCAGAAGCUUAGAUGUAUCUUCAUGGAAAUGUUGCAGGCACCAUGUGCCUACCUUAGGGGAAAAGAGGGGGUGAGGGAGGGUUUAAAUAACUUUCAACUUCACAGGCUAGAUAAGGUUGGAGUUGGUUUAUCUUAUUUUCUGCUGCUUAUUUAUGUUCUUUACAUUCAAUCUCUGGCUCCACCUUGUAUAUCUGAGGUUUCCAGUUUGGCUUGGCUUGAGUUUCAGCACUUGAUACAGUUGUAUGGGAUCACAUAUUAUAUGAUGAAAAUGAGUCCUGUUUGUUGUAUAA